GGAGAUAUCCCACCCGCCGCCUCUGCUGUCACCCCAGAAUGCACCCCAUAUUGCCCUGGGGCCCCACUUGAGACCUCCUUUCCUUGGGGUGCCUUCAGCUCUGUGCCAGACACCAGGUUACGGGUUCCUCCAGCCGGCACAAGCAGAGAUGUUUGCACGGCAGCAAGAGAUGCUGCGAAAGCAAAACCUGGCAAGGUUGGAGAUGUCAGCCGAGAUCAUCCGCCAGAAGGAGCUGGAGAAUCUCCACAGGCAAAGGCUCCUGGCCGGUGACCCGCUGAGCCUGCAUCCCGGCUUGCCCCCGGACCACCCAGCCCUGCGCAACGUGCACGACAUCCCCGAGGGCCACCCGCUGCGGGAGGAGCUCUCCCGGAGGAACGCCAUGCUGGUGCUGCGGCACAACAACACUCCCCUGCUCUCCCUCAACCCCAGCGUCCCCAGCAGUGCCACGCCGCCCAAGGAGCAGCCCCGGCGGGGCAGCCGGAAAUCGGCACACCACCGCACAGAGCCGCAGGGGCUGAGCGAGGCGAAGGAGCUGCUGGAGCCCCGGGCGCGGGACGGGGCACCAGACUGUAACGAUGAGGAGAUGAAGGACUCUGAGAGUGAUGCGGAUGUGAGCGACGAGAAGCCGGAGAGUCUGAAGGCUGAGAGCAGCAGCUCGGCAGCUGAGCUUAAGGAGUGCAAAGAGACGGGCAAAGUCUGUGAAGGGGCCAAGGAGCUGGGUGAAGCGGCUGCUGGCCAGAAUGCCCCCUGCAGCUCCUCGAGUGCAGAGUCCCCCAGCCACUUGCUUGGCCCAGGCAUCAACAAAAACGAGGUGAAAUAUCUCCCGCCAGCCUCCAUCCCACCACCUCAGCCGUUGCCCUUCGGAUUUCCUUACACCAUGAGCCCGUACUUCCAUGCAGGCACCAUGGGAGGUCUGUUUCUGGAUGGCGAGGAAAGCCCCGCGCUGGAAGACAUCAGCAAAUGGACGGUGGAGGAUGUCUGCAGCUUUGUGUCCAACUUGUCCGGCUGCACCGAGUACACUCAGGUAUUCCGAGAGCAGGCUAUUGACGGGGAGACCCUGCCCCUCCUGACGGAAGAGCACUUACUGAACAACAUGGGCCUGAAACUCGGACCUGCGCUCAAGAUAAGGUCACAGGGUGCCAAGAGAGUGGGCAGAGUUCUGUACAUGGCAGGCUUCCCCAUGGCUUUCCCGCUGCAACCUCCAGGUUUACGGCCAACGGAGCGGGACCUGCCCCCGGCUGAUCUCCGGCCGUCCUCCACGGGCAGCGUGGCAUCCCCCUUCAGCAGCAGUCUGCCCUCUGCCAGCCGCGUCUCACCAAAGCAGGAGAACGGAAACCCCUCCAUCAUUGCUGGGCUCAACGACACCACGAAACCUCCAUCGUAA